GGAACAGUGAGUAAGAAAGAAAAAGCUGUAUACAGAGAGACAGAAUCACGGAGAAUUAAGACUUCACAAGGACAUCCCAACAUGUGUGAAAUAUUGCACAAGUUCCUCAUGGGGCUACGUGAAUUCAUAAAGGAGUAUUUUCUUGGUUUCUGGGACUAUGAGACACCAAAGGUGAUGGUGGUUAAAAACACAACUCUUGGAGUCAUAUACAGAAGCGUCCAGUUUCUUGUGAUCACCUAUUUCAUCUGGUAUGUCUUCAUAAAUGAGAAAGCCUACCAAGAGAGUGAAACUCGUCCAGAGAGCUCAGUUUACACGCUCAUGAAAGGCACAGCAGUUCGUGGAGAUGAUAUCUUGGACACUGUGGAGUAUGUUCGACCCUCAGAGGGUGGUGAUGUGAUUAGUGCAAUAUUGAGACGAGAAGUUACCUAUGAUCAGAGGCAAGGAACCUGCGCUGAGCAUUGCAAAGUUACCAAUGCCAACUGUACGACAGACACUGACUGUGUCAAGGGAGAAGUUGACUUUGAUGGCCAUGGCAUAAGGACCGGCAUAUGUGUUCAGUACUUGAACCACACCUUCAAAACCUGUGAGAUCCAAACCUGGUGUCCUAUUGAGGAGUAUGCUGCAGUCAGCAGAGAACCAGCAUUAGAAGCGGCCAUCAACUUCACAGUGUUCAUCAGGAACUCUAUCCACUUCCCCAGAUUUAAAGUGCUGAGGGGAAAUAUCAAAGAUGCUCCAAGCAAGCGUGACAUGCAGAAAUAUCUCAAUAAGUGUCAUUAUAAUGAGGAGAAAGAGCCCUACUGUCCAAACUUCCGCCUGGGUUACAUUGCAGAACAAGCCAGUCAGAAUUUCAAUGAGCUCUGCAAGACUGGAGGAGUGAUAGGGGUUUUCAUCAACUGGAAGUGUAACCUGGACCUGGAUCCUUCCCACUGUAAACCCACAUACUCCUUCCGUCGGCUUGAUCUCCGGAAGGAUCAGGCCAACUCUGGUUACUAUUCCAGGUUUGCCAAAUAUUACAGUAAGGAUGGGGUAGAGUCUCGGACGCUCAUCAAGGCCUACGGCAUCCGCCUGGAUGUCAUAGUUCACGGACAUGCUGGCAAAUUCAGUCCCAUCCCAACCAUCAUCGGCACGGUGACUGCUAUGACUUCAGUUGGGAUUUGUACCAUUAUCUGUGACUGGAUCAUGCUGACUUUUAUUGACAAGAAUGAAGUCUAUAGUGACAGGAAAUUUGACGAGAUUAUCAAGGAGCCUGCGGUGCCCACUCCCACAGAGCUCAGCUACAUCAACAGCUUCGGCUCAAACCAUUCAGACCUGUCAGAGGGCGUACCGCUGUAAUGUCGUCACAGUCGCCUCAGUCCUCCCUGGCCAAGAAUACGGACGCUCCUCCAUCAGCUGACUGCGAGCAACUCUGAGUGGUUCCUCAGGUGUCUGCAGCAGCUCAGUUAUGGGCUGCCAGCGGUCGCCAUGCUGUUGUGAGUGGAAACAAACUGCCAGAGAACCAGUGACAGAGGAGGCAUCAUCUGACAGACGGCCGGUCGUCUGAAAGUCUCAGCCUGUGCAGUGGAUUCAGCUCAUGUAUCAUCUCAAACCUUGAUAAACCCC